CCAUCCUGCGGUAACAGAAAGCCCUGUUUCCCAAGACCAGGUUCCAGAAAUGCCCCACCGAUCCAAAGGCGCCAGAACCUGCCUCCUAAAAUCCCUUCAUCCUCUACAGGAAACAGCAGGCUUCUGGAGGAAAUCGCUAGCGAGCCGACGUCUCGGGAGGGAAGGACGGGGUCCACGGGGGGAGUGGAUGUUACCAUGGGGAUGGUAUCCGGCCAACCAGAGUCAUCCAGAGCAUGCCGGCUGCAGCCUGAGCCCCCUCCGGCCUCCUUCCUCCCAUCCUCUGUAAUGCUGGAAGCUGGUGCCAGACCAUGGGACCCAGCCUCUGCCUCUGUACGGCUCGCACAGCCUUGGCCCGCUGCUGAGAAGGACCCCGGCCGGCUCAGGGCAGGGAGGACGCCGGCCCUGACCCCGACGCAGCUUGGCAGCGCAGUCCCCACGGAAGACGGGGAGCCAGCCCAGACCAGUGCCGCUGGCCGCCCUGGUUUCAGCACCCUGCCGCCUCCUCUCCACAUCACUACGCCCAGAGAAGCUCCCUGUGUUUUCCAGUCCAGUUCUGGUCAGCAUACACUUGCACCCCAGCCGUCCCUGCUGCAGAAGAGCCAGCUCGCCCCGUCCAUGUUUGAGGAGGCCGGCAGGGUCCUCCGGGAAAUCCGGCACAGCAAGAAGGUUCUGGAGGAGAACCUGGAGGCCAUCCUGCGGGCCAAGGAUGCGGAGAUGCUGUACUCCCAGCUGGAGGGGCUGUCUGGCAACAGUGAUGCCACAGAGGAGCUCAGGAUAAAGCAAACUGUGGAUGCCUGGAUCAGCACCCUGAGCAGGGACAUCCAGGCUGAAAUGGCAAAGGAAGACGCAGUGGGUGGGGGGGGCAAGAAUCCCACCAGCAUCGACAUCACUGCGAAAUACAAGGGAGCUAACGGCCCCUGUCAGAGCGCCCCCAGGUGGGCGCCGAGGAAGCCGUCCGUGAGGAACAAGCUCCAAGGACCGGCCGACUCCGCAGGGAUGCGCAAUCGACAGUCUGCACCUCAUACUAUGGGGAAGCUGGCGGCAGUGGAGAAGCCACAGGCAGCACCGAAGCCCGAACGUGAAGAUGAGGAGUAUCUGAUGAAGAUAUAUGGCAAGGCGCUAUAUGAAGGCCAUCGGAGAACGCUAAAGAACAGCCCCUAUCUCCGAUUCAACUCUCCUUCUCCGAAGUCCAAAGGUCUGCGGCCACGAGUCGUGGAAAGGGUGAAAGGGGUCAAGGUGAAGUCGGCCAAGACGCAGACCAGCCCCUGCUCAGGACAGCGCGUCUUCAGCUCACAGCCUCAGUACAUCUUCAGCCCCAUGCAAGAGGUGUCUGAUGACCCCAAAGGCCCCCGCACCCCCAUGGAGGGCUUCCUCAUUCCUAUGGCGAUCCCUCUCGGCCAGCCCCGGAUAGACGGUGAGCCACCCCAGCCAUCUAGCGUCAUCAUCGGGAGCCGGCCCAUAACCGUGACUGCUGCUAUCCCUCCGACCAGCACCACCCGCCGGCCCAAUGUGGCGGUGCUGGAGAUGACGUCUAAGAGGAAAGCUCCCCCCCAGCUCCAAGUUCAGGUCCUGCAGGGUGUAGAUAUAGACAGCAUCUCAAGUUCGCCCCCGGAGGCUCCUCCUGAACCUCCAGCAAGCAUCCAGACUGCACCUCAAACGAUUGCCGGAGAGGAAGAGGAAGACGUCUUUCCUGGCACGGAUUUCCUGGCUGUCGCUGACAUAACCCAGGAGCCGGAAGCAGUGGAGGAUCUGCCUGUGCGGAUUGAUGGCCUGCCCGUGGCCCCGGGGGCCCCGUACCAUGGCCCUGUCUUUCCACCACAGGCCCCGGAGCCCCCGCACCUUGAAAACCCCACCUGCUCCACCAUUCAGCAGGAGACACUGGAGAACCGGCUGGUGGACUGGGUGGAGCAGCAGCUGAUGGCCCGCAUGGUGACGGAGCUGCACCCCUGGGCCGAGCCUGCGAGUCCCUCUCCGGAGAGCUGCUCCUCCGCUUCAGACAUCGUGGAGGCCGCCGGCGGGGGGGGCCUGCAGCUGUUCGUGGAUGCGGGCGUCCCAGUGAAUUCCGACCUCAUCCGGCAGUAUGUGAACGAGAGUCUGGCCGAGAUGGUGGCCCUCUUCCUGGGCCAGAGACCUGCAGCACCUGGCCUGGUCGAGGACAUCCCUAUUCCAGAGGAGCCGGUGGUGCAGACCCCCGUGCCAACCCCCAGAGACAGCCCCCCGCCCGUGGGCAGGACACAGAUCCCCUUGGGCACCCCAGAGGCCUCAGAGCUGGAGUCGCUGUCAGAAUCGUGCCGGGAGCCCCAGCGAGUCGAGCCCCUGAACACGCUGCUGUCAGAACCAGAACGGAGUCCGGUAGCCACACCCAAAUGCACUCCCGUCCCCUCCCCUCCGGUGCUGGCCACGCCCACCCCACCCUCCACCCACCUGAGCCCCUCCGCAGGCUGCCAGUAUAGUGACGCCUGGGGAGACAGUGAGCUUCCCUUGGAGGAAGAGGCCCCACCCAUGCGGAGCGAGCAACUAGAGGGUGGGACAGGGGUGAUGUCAGUGGCCAGGGAGGAGGAGCCUGUCAGCCUCAUUUCCUCCAUGCCUCCUCUUCCUGUGGAGGCGAUCCUGCUCCCUCCCAUGCAGACUCCUCCCCUUCAACGUGCAACCCCGCCCCCCGUUCCCACACUGUCGACCGAGGACAGCAGCACGGCUUCGUCUGUCACCGAGACGGAGUUGGUGGGGAGGCACAUAUCGGAGGGGGAGCUGUUGGUGAGCUGCGGCCAGGUGGAGGCAGCGAGAGGCCUGGCGGAGGACGGGCUCACUGUCCCCAACCUGAAUGCCAGCCUCUCCAGCUCCCUGCACGAAGUCCAGGACAUGGAUUAUGACCCACCCAGCGAGGGGCAGGUGAUGAGGAGGCCGCCCCACAUUCAUCAGGCGCCUGCUAACAGGGGCGCGGUCCCGCCCCAAGAAGCAGUCUGCCCCACAGAGAGUCUCUGGGACGAGGAAAGCAGUCUGGGAGAGGUCAGUAAGGGACAGCGCCCCCCUGUGGCUGCUGACGUCGAGCACGCACUCAGAGGACUCUCCCUCCUGGGGCUGGCUGGGCCUGAAAUGGGACGGCUGUCUUCCCCAGGACAAGUGCCUGCGCCCUCAGGUGUGGACCGUCAUUCAGUCAGCUCCGGGAAUCCAGAGGAGCGACCGGGGGCUCCUCCCACAUCCAGGACGAGGCAGGUGGGCGACUCCCAAGACGAGAACAUGGACAGCGAUCGGCAGCUGUCUGAGGCGUCAGUGCAUUCGGCGGAGAAAGCCCCUCCCAUCCUGGUGAAGCAGUACCAGCCGCAGGCUUCAUCCCUUCAGGAAAGAGGCUUACAUCUGCAGGACGACAUUUCCAGCGACACAGAUGACUUUUUCCAGGACAGGAAAGGAGGUGUCAAGGUCCCCGCCCCCCCCUUAGCUCGUCCCAGGUCCACGCCUGUCAAGCUAGCCCCUGCUGGACAGGAGGAGGCUUUGGCCAGCAUCAGCUCCAUCGAGGGGGACACCGAUUCCUCUGGGAACCAUUUCUUCUAACACGCAGCCUUCCAAUCCACUCAGCUGAUGCCCCACAGUUGGUUCACAUAGGCCUCAGGGACCAGUCAACUACAUUUAAGAUUUGUAUCUUAUAUUUUAAGAUUUAUGUCUUUGUAAAGAUACUAAAAGUUUGUUCUGUAUUGAAAUUUUAAGUGAACAGUUUUUAUGGCAAUUUAAGCUGUUUAUUUUCUCCCUGUUCUGUCAGGGUUUUAAGAUGAUAUUUUAUUGGUUUUUCGACGAUUAAAGGCUUUCUGUUCUCAUCCUU